AUGCUCAGGAUCAGAGUGAGUCAUCUAGGGACAUGUCAGUCAGUAUGUGAGAGAGAAAGAAAGAGGAAGUAAGGGGGUGGAGCUUAAAUAGUUAGUUACAUCAAAUACAGGCUUAACUGAAUGACAACAGAGACAGAAUGCAAUAUGGAAUUUUAUUGAAUAGUUUGGGGUAGCCUUGUCUCCGAGGAAUGCUCCUCAGAGCCAGAUGCGGAUGACAGGUUGCCCUAUGCUGGGAGAACGGGGAUGACAGGCCUUCAGUUGGUGGGGGUGGGGAGGUGGAAGGUCGUUGGAAGGCUGUUGCUUCAAAACAGCAAGUGGGAGACAAAGUUUGUGUUGACAUAACUACUUCCCUAGAUUCAUGCUCGUUGGUUGAAAGAAAGGAAAGUGAUUAUUGCACAAGUGAGCCCAUAGGUUAAUCAGCAAGCAGGGUGGGAUUGCCUUAGUGUGCCAUGCUCAUAGGCUGAAGUUACAGUAAUAGGUGAAUGACAUUCCGCAUGCUUGCUAAUAGUAAAGGAGGAGGAGAGGCGUGACGCUAUGCUAAUGAGGUAGCAUUAUAGACACUACCAUAGAUACCUGCUAUCCUUAUGAGGUAACGUUAUAAUCAUUACCAUAGAUACCUGCUAUGCUGACGAGGUAACAUUAUAGACACUACCAUAGAUACUUCAUAUGCUUAUGAGGUACUGUUAUAAUCACUACCAUAUACAUACCGCCUUUGCUGAUGAGGUAACAUUAUAGACACUACCAUACCUGCUAUGUUGAUGUGGUCAAAUGAUAAACACUACCAUAGAUACCUGCUAUGCUUAUGAGGUAACAUUAUAAUCAUUACCAUAUAGGUUCGUUUCCCACGGGGGGCAGUAUUUAAAAAAAAAAAAAAAAAACAUGUAUGCAUUCACUAACUGUAAAUCGCACUGGAUAAGAGCGUCUGCUAAAUGACUAAAAUGUAAAUGUAAAUAUAAAUGCCUGCUAUGCUAAUGAGGUAACAUUAUAAACACUACAAUAUAAAUACCGGUUAUGUUGAUGAGGACACUACCAUAUAAAUAAAAGCGAUGUGAAUUAUAUGUGUUUAUGAAUAAAAAGUGAUCCCCGAGUCUAGACUGUGUGUAUGUGUGUGUGUCUGUGUGUAUUUGUGUGCGUGUGUGCGUGUGUAAGCGAGAGGUGUGUAUAAGGCAACUAUGAGUCACUGUGAAAGAACCAGUGGUAUGUUGUCAUUCUACACUUCUAGAGAAUUGGGGAGGAAUGACUUGAGGUACUGUAACAAUAUUUUCAAACCUCGACUCAGUCAGCAAUUCAAGAUAUACAAAGUAAAUUCGUCACGGAUAAUGAAAACAUUUAGAAUAAUAUGAUUAAUAUAAAUACAGCAUCAAUGACAAACAAUUGCAUUGCCAUAUUUGUGUCUUCCUAGGGUACUCAUUCUUUGUAAACUUUCAAACGUGUUUCUCUCCGUCCAUUGUCUGAUUUGUGUUGUGCUUUUUAAGUUGUGAUAGCAAACAUACAGAAAUGAAUGCACUCGUGAUGAAAGUAGGGCUCCAAGUCUUCAUUCCAUAAAUGUACAGUACCUCCCCGUCUUUUUACCUCUAAUGCUAGAGUGCCCCCUGGCGUCCUUACUGUAAACUACACUUCCCAUUUUUUAUGACAACGUCAUCACCAUAGACUGUCAUGUGACCAGCAAACACUGGGCUUGUUCGACAUUGCAGCCGACAGCGCGGGUGACUGCCGACUCACUGAUCUACAAAUCACCUUGCAUCAUAAAUAACGUUAUUGUUAUUUGUAGAUCAGUCAGUCAGUCAGAAUUUACUCAUGUUACAUCACGGUUUUGAUGCUCUCGAACACGGCCACAGCUUUUACGAGAAACAGAAAGUUGACGGAACAAAGGUUGUUGUUACGGUAUCCAGCGCCCACCUCCAUCAUUUUGAACUCUUUUGAAUGAACACCAAGAACCGACGAAAGUCGUUUUGAACCCACGUUCUUGCUGUAUGCCGCUUGUACGGUUUCUAAGAAGGUACAGUAAGUAGGUCGACAAACAUAAUCUAUGAUAGCUACAGAUUGUUUCACCAGAUAAUGUUAUUUAACCAAAUAUCUUUGGUAUCCAUUACUGGGAGUUACAGGUUAGGUACUGUUUGUAGCACAUAUCAUUUUCGACCAACCUUAACUUGAAUGUCCGUGUCCAGUUUCAGGUGGUGCGUUUGAAUUUAGAAAAUGCUCAGUUAUUAAAAUAAAUACAUGUUUUGCUCCAUGAAGUAAUUCAACAAUGUGUACAGCGCCAUCUUGUCUAUUUCAAACCUCUCAUUGAUUGAGACAGAUGCAUCCACCCCAAAGUGCCCCAUGUCAUGAUAACACUCACCUCUUCUUACCAUCCUUGUAUUACAGACUUCCCAUCUUUCUCCCCCUCUAUUUCCCUCUUUCUCCCCCCCUCUCCUUCCCUCCCUCUCUUCCUCCCCUCUGUCUUUUCCCCUUGUUCCCUUCCUCCAUCAGGAUGUCAUCUCUUCCCCAACCUCGUCAUGUGAUCUGGGAGACAGAGGAGCUGGUGGCCUACCUCCACCCCCGGCCAUGGACCCCAGGUAGAUGCAUAUUCUUUACCACAAUACCUAGCUCUGGUCCAGGGCCCGGUUUCCCAAAAGCAUCUUAAGGCUACGUUCAUCGUUCAAACUUUCGUAGGAGCAUCGUUAAAUAUCCAAGCUGUUUCCCAAACCCGUCGUUAUUAACGCUGCACUUGAAAACGCUCGUAAUCUAACACCUGCCUCAGACCACUUGUAGAACUGCGUCGUUAGAUGCUUUUUUGCCCUCCUGCGUCACUUAAUAUACAGAAGAUCUCAGCUAAACAUAGAAUCACACGGUUGAUCCAUCUCUCUGACCACGAUAACUUUAGAACAAAAGUUGACUACAAAUAUGAAGUUGCCAAUGUCUUUGCAAUUGAUACAAACAAGCCAUGUAUACAAAGAUGCUAUAAACAGUAGGCUAUAUGUGUUUUCAAUCAAUGUGAGACAAUAUAACCACAGGAAAGUAUAAUUACAUCAACUUUUCAAAGCGCUGGUAGUGCGUUCAGAUGUCUAUCACCUGAAGCAUGGGCAGAACCAUUUCAAGACGUGCAGGAGCUCAGCAGGUAUGCAUGUAUUUUUAUCUUAUGCGCAUGCUUCAGGUGAUAGACAUCUGAACGCACUACCAGCGCUUUGAAAAGUUGAUGUAAUUCUACUUUCCUGUGGUUAUAUUGUCUCACAUUCCUACCGCCAAAAGGACCAACCACACAGACAACCAGUAAAGUACAUUAAAAUAUCAUUUGAAUUUUAUUCAACAUUCUGGCUUGCCGAAGUCGUUAGAGGAAACUUUCCUGACUCAAACGCUCAUUUCUGCCCAACGUAGAAUUCAACGUUGGGUUUUCCAGGCAAGUAACGCACCUCAUGGUCAAUCAUUGCUAUUACAUUUUAUGAUAGUCAGUUGCUAUGCAACCACUGAACAUGUAUAGUGAACUGAACAAUCCUUCUAUAGUAAACGAUCAUCCACUAUAUCUUGCUGUCUGGACUUGGGUAUGUGUCCCAAAUGGCACCCUAUCCCCUCUAUAGUGCACUACAUAGGGAAUAGGGUUCCAUUUGGGACAAUCUUUAUCUUCAUAAAUGGAAUAUCAAUCACAGGCACUACCAUCCUGGAGCCGAAGACCCCCAGGGGCCCCGGUGAGGAACCAAGCCCAGCUCAGGGCAGUCUCUUCAGGCUGGGGGAGGGAGCCUACCUGGGGCUGCUGCUGGGGGCCAGGGCGGUGGGGGCCCUGCUGUGUGAGAGGCUGGGGGUGAAGAGAUGUGCCCUGGUCUGCAGGCCCUGCCCAGACAGUCAUAGUCCACCCCAGGUCUGUUGUGUUUCUAUUCUAUUCUAUUUACUCUACUCUAUUCUAUUCUACUCUGUUCUUCUCUAUUCUAUUCUACUCUGUUCUACUCUAUUCUAUUCUACUCAAUUCUAAUCUUCUCGAUUUUUCUCUACUCUUCUCUACUCUAUUCUAUUAUAUUGUGUUCUAUUCUGUGUCUCAUCUAGUUUUGAAUAAAAAUUGGCAAUAUAAUUUACAUUAAUGAGCAAAAAACAUAACAUUUGUGUUUAGAUAGCACCAUAAUUCUGUCCUCCUUUCUAGUAUGGACAGGUAGCCUAGUAAUAGUCCCUGCUGUUAUUGACUGACAGAUCCGGGUGCUGCCACUACACGGCCUGGACAGCGAGUGGCGCCCCCACCUGGCAGGAGACGAGCACUACACACACCACGACCCCGGCUACGUCACCUCUAAAAGCGGCCCUCGCUGGACUGACACAUCCCUCCAGGAGAUCCAGGCCGAGAUCCGGGCCCAGCUCCCUGCCCCUGAUGCCCUACCAAACCUCACCUUCCUGGGGGAAGACCCUUCGCACCCCGGCCUCUUCUCCCGGAUCGUCCGUGGAGAAGAGCAGCAGUGGAGGGUGUGGGAGAAUGAGGGACACGUGGCGUUCCUCACCCCCUUCCCCAACGCCCCCGGUCUCACUGUACUGGUCCCCCGUCGACCUCUGACCUCGGAUAUAUUUAGACUCGAAGUGGCAGAUUAUACAAGUUUGGCACUUGCAACCCGGAAGGUGGCCAGGAUUUUGGAGGAGGGGCUAGGAGCAUGGGGGGUGGGGUUGAUAUUCGAGGGGUUUGAGAUUGACUACGCUCAUGCUAAAUUGAUACCUCUGCUCUCUCCGCCCUCCUCUCACCAGGUUGAUGGGGGCUCCACCACCACCACCAGCAGCUCUCCACCUCCUCAGGCCCAGUUUAGUGCCACCUAUCCUGGGUUCGUAACCUCGGAGGAUGGCCCUGAGGCAAGCCUGGAGUGUUUGAAGGAGUUACAGGCCAAAAUCACACAGUAAUGAUAAUGUAAUGUAUCGACAUGUUAUGAAAUAUGUAAUAUGUAUGUAACUGCAUAUUAUGAAGGAUCUGAGACUGGGUGAUUAUAGUAUUGAUGUAUUGCAUUUGACUACAUACAUUCCAAUUGCAUUAUUGGUUGACUUGGCUCCCGAGUGGCGCAGUGGUCU